AUGAGAACUCGUUUGGAUUUGAGCAAGUUCGUUGGCGAGCAUGUUGGCGAUGUGAAAACAACGAAGUUGCUCAAGGAUACUGGAGCUGUGCCAUGCGUCAAGGCUAACAUUUCCACUCCAUUACUGAGCUUUGAAUCAAGCAAUGAUGUUUGGGGUCGACCUGCCAAUAUUUACAAUAACAAGUACGCACCGGGAGGCUCUACUGGUGGCGACGGCGCGCUGCUCGCUCUCGGCGAAAGAAUUGGAAUUCGCAGCAAUCCUCUGCCAUGGAAGUCCGAGGCUGAACAAGAGAUUCUACAAAAAGGCCGACUCAGAGUCGGAUUCUUCAGGACAGAUGGCGUCGUAAACCUCAGCCCUGCUUGCAAAAGGGCCCUUGAAAAGGCUGAGUACGAGAUGGUUAAGAUUAACCCUCUAUCGCCAUAUGAAGCCCUGCAACUUGCAUACCAACUUCUGUACAACGAUGGACUGAAAACAGUCUACCCAUUUUCCCGAAGAGGCUAA